CAGUAGUCUGUCAAGCCAGGACCUUGCUUGAGUUUUCCAAAAUGAGCUCCUCUCCUGGUCCGACCCCUGCGUCAGCCUCCCCUGCUCUGGACUCUGGCAAGGCCAACCGAGGGGACUCAUCUAACACCUUACCCCGUCUCUACACUUCCCCACUUAGAAUGGACAACCAGACCGUCUGCAUUCCAUCUCCGUAUGUGGAAGCCUGUCAGGAUUAUUCACCACUGCAUGAGGGAGAGAUCAGUCAUGGAGCCUUAUCGCUUUACAGCCCCGUGUCCUCAGUGCUGGGGUACCCUCAUCCCCCCAUGUCUGAAAGCCUGGUCCCGCUCAGUCCAACAAUCUUCUGGCCUCCCUACACCACACACACUGCACUGUCUCUGCACUGCCCACCUCCAGUGGCCUACAGCGAAACACACGCACACACUGCCUGGGAGGACACCAAGACACACACACUUAACCAGAGCAGUUCUGUCCUUACUCAUGCAAAGCUGUUAGGGCAGCAACUGGAUGCUGAUGAUGGCUUGAAUCCUUCACCAGGCAUUGUGGGUAAAGGAGACACACACUUCUGUGCCGUGUGUCAUGACUAUGCCUCUGGGUAUCACUAUGGUGUCUGGUCGUGUGAAGGGUGCAAGGCUUUCUUCAAACGGAGCAUUCAAGGACACAAUAACUAUAUUUGUCCAGCUACCAAUCAGUGCACCAUUGACAAGAGCCGACGCAAGAGCUGCCAGGCCUGUCGACUCCGCAAGUGCUAUGAAGUGGGCAUGAUGAAGUGUGGAGUGAGGCGGGAACGCUGCAGUUAUCGUGGUGCUCGUCAUCGUCGCAACCCCCAGAUCAGAGACAGCUCAGAUGGGGCAUUAGGGGUCAGACGGCGUUCCCAGCAUCAUUUAGAAUUUCCCCUCAAUUCCACUCAUCACUUCUUCCCUUCAGGGGACAGAGCUGAGGGGCGGGGCAUAGGCCUCUCCCCUGAGCAGUUGGUCAACUGUAUUCUGGAGGCGGAGCCUCCUCAGAUUUACCUGAGAGAGCCAAUAAAGAAGCCUUACACUGAAGGCAGCAUGAUGAUGUCACUAACCAACCUCGCUGACAAGGAACUGGUGCUCAUGAUCAGCUGGGCGAAGAAGAUACCAGGUUUUAUGGAGCUGACUUUGUCAGAUCAGGUACAUCUGUUGGAAUGCUGCUGGCUGGAUAUUCUUAUGUUGGGAUUGAUGUGGAGAUCUGUGGAUCAUCCUGGGAAACUCAUCUUCUCACCUGACCUCAAACUCAACAGGGAGGAAGGCAAUUGUGUUGAAGGCAUCAUGGAGAUCUUUGACAUGCUGCUGGCCACCACCUCCAGAUUCAGAGAACUGAAGCUCCAGAGAGAGGAAUACGUCUGUCUCAAAGCCAUGAUCCUUCUCAACUCCAAUAACUGUUCAAGCUUGCCACAGACUCCUGAAGAUGUGGAGAGCCGUGGGAAGGUUCUGAGGCUGCUGGACUCUGUGACUGACGCUCUAGUUUGGACCAUCUCCAGAACAGGGUUGUCCUCACAGCAGCAGUCCAUCCGGCUCGCCCAUCUGCUGAUGCUGCUCUCACACAUUCGACACCUCAGCAACAAAGGCAUUGAGCAUCUGUCAACCAUGAAGAGAAAAAACGUGGUGCUGCUGUAUGAUCUCCUGCUAGAGAUGCUAGAUGCCAACACGUCCCAGAGCAGCCGGAUGCUGGGAGCUCACACAGAAGCCUCUCUCCAGUCGGACACACGACAGACCACAGAGACCCUCCACACAUCCAGACAGAGCGACCAGGAGUCCCGGCACAGUCCACAAGCUGAAGAGACAGUGGAUAAGACAUUACAUGGUAGUCUGCAUCGAGUGAACAUGGACACAGACUGACAGUGAGUAUCCCUUCUGUGGGCUAAAAAGCUCCCUGGAUGCAGCAUUGGAUUUAAAUCCAAUUUCCAUGCCGCGUAUCCUAUGUAGGGUCUCAGGGGAUACAAACCAGACCUGAGAAAAAGAACUUCAGAUGACCAGUGAUAAACUGAACCAAACAGGGCUUUCAAAUGGCGCUCAGUCCUGCUUCAACACAAUGCACUUUGAACUGUUAUGCCGUAAUGUCAACCUGAAGAGGAAUCCACCUCAUUCAAACCAAUCAUGUGUUCAAUAUUCAAGAAAAUCACAAAUGGAUUCCUUUCAAACACUCUCCCAUCUGCCAUUUCUCAGCAAAAAGCUAGCACCACCCCUAAAUCGCACCAUUGUAUUAGCCAGUGUUAUGUUUGAGCCAUUCAAACAGAUUGUCGAAAUUACACACUGAACAUUUAUAUAUUUCGUUUGCCAUCCAAGAAAACCUUUGACUCAACAUGACUGUUUCUCUGAAGACUACCCAAGCGAAAUAAAAUGCACACUUCUAAUAGUUGUGCAUUUUGUACCCUUGUGUCUUUGUAUUUGUAAGAUGUUGGAGUGCUGUUAUUUGCUGUCCUGUGGUGCUUUUUGUGGUUUAUAAAGUACUUGUCAUUGACAGUAAAUGUAACACUUUCUAAAACA